GGCAGGACUUCGGCAUACCGAACGCAGCGACCUUCCCUGUGUAAAUCGGUCAGAUAACUCGUGUGUACUCUUGAAUCUUUAGGACAUCCGAUCGCGAAGAGAAAGACCACAGUGGUGGUCGAUCCCACCAGCCUAUCGUCGAGCACAUGCGAAGGCUUGUCGCGGUGCUUCCUUUCCCAACUGAACUCAAGCUAGGUUUCGGGUUGGUUCAACGACCUUGGCCCCUCCAAGAAUGUGCCGAAGCGUGUCUACGGUUGUAUACCGAGCGGCGAGCGCAUAGUAGCCGCUCGGCACCUCGCGACUUAGCGCUUGUGGACGCCUGCUACUCGAAAUAUCAUUCGAUUCUCCGCGCCAAGUCAAGCACCUGCAGUCCACAAUUGGUCGUCGAAGAGGGGGUUAUCGGCCAGAGAGGAAGGAAGUGCUUGCGCCAGACGUUUCUGGAAGUGGUGUCGAGGCUCUGGAUGGGACGCAAUCACAACCUUGGCGAGGAUGUUCUCUUCAACGCGAAGCUCGUGAACGACCUUCUGAAGUGCCGCUUUGGUCCCGUUUAUGGCUCCGCUUGUCAGGCACUGCCGGUCGGUCGCGGGCUCGGCUCAGCUUAGACUGCGCCCGAUUCGGCGUCCCAUAUCGUCACUGGACUAGAAAUG